ACGACGCACAUCUGCAUCACCAGACACAUCUAUCGAGAUCUCAACAAGACUCAUUCGAUGGGAAGGAUUAUUUCAUCAAUUUGUCCAACAGCCAAAGCGACAUAAACUUAAGCCAUUCCACGUUCUCGGGUUGUUUUUUUGGGGUUUUUUUUUUCUUUUUUUAAUUGUCCUAAAGCAACAGUCUCAGAUCAUCGAAAUCAUAAGAGAAAAUGCUAAACACUAGAGAUCGCUGGAGGGUGUACAAGAGGGGGGGUGUCAUGUUCUUUCUGGCUGUGGUGGCGCUGACUGUUAUCCAGAGAGGAAGCAUCAAUAUUGGGGCCCCCUUCGAACUUGAGAGGCAGGCUCGCAUGGAAGCCUCUGAGGGAGUGGAGCCUGGAACUGCUCCGGGAGAUGAAACUCACUCGUACCUGGGGAUAAAAAGCUUCUGGAAGUCGAGCAAACGCCAGACGAUGCCUAAAGCUCGGGCCAACACGCAGGGGCCCAGGACCACUGAGGACAGCAGACCCAGAACCUGGGAUGUAACCAGCUCCAACUGUAGCUCCAACCUCAACCUCUCAAGUCAGGAAUGGUUCACAGGCCUGGAGGACAAUUUCAAGCAGUUCAUGCUUUAUCGACACUGCCGCUACUUUCCCAUGCUCAUCAACCACCCAGAGAAGUGCACAGGGGAUGUAUAUUUGCUCAUGGUAAUAAAAUCUGUGGCCACCCAGCAUGACCGUAGGGAGGUCAUCCGAAAAACCUGGGGCAAAGAGCAGGUCGUUGACGGCAAAAAAAUAAAGACUCUCUUCCUUCUCGGUAAACCCUCCAGUAGGGAAGAGGGAGUGCACCAUCAGAAGCUAGUGGAGUAUGAGGACUACAUCUACAGGGAUAUCCUCCAGUGGGACUUCAUGGAUAGCUUUUUCAACCUCACACUUAAGGAGACUCACUUUCUCAAGUGGUUCCACACGUACUGCCCAAGUGUACGCUUUGUCUUCAAGGGGGACGACGACGUAUUUGUCAGCGUGGAGAACAUCUUUGAGUUUCUGGAAGGCAACAACAAUGCAAAGAACUUGUUUGUGGGAGAUGUGAUUUUCAAGGCUAGGCCCAUUCGUAAAAAGGAAAACAAAUACUACAUCCCCCAGGCUCUAUAUAAUAAGACACAGUACCCUCCAUACGCAGGUGGAGGGGGUUUUCUGAUGGACGGGAACCUGGCAAGGAAGCUUCACACGGUGGCCGACACCCUGGAGCUCUACCCCAUCGAUGACGUCUUCUUGGGCAUGUGUCUGGAGGUGCUUCAGGUCACUCCUAUAAAACACAACGCCUUUAAGACGUUUGGCUUGGUGAGAAAUAAGAACAGUAAGAUGAACAAAGAACCUUGUUUCUUUAAGAGCAUGAUUGUGGUGCACAAGCUGCUCCCGUCGGACCUCAUGCACAUGUGGAAUCUGGUCAACAGUGACCUUGUGUGCUCGCAGAAAGUGGAGAUCCUAUAGCUCGACGGGAGCACCGGGUAAGGACAGCAGCAACAAGCUGAGCUGUACCUCGGUGGAUACUAAAAUGAUGCAUGAAAGUGCCAGAAAAAAACGUCCUUUAUGUGGAGAGGGACCACGGACAAUAUGUAAAGUUUCUGUGCAGUUAUGGAAUUUUUGGAAGAGUUUCCUCAAGUAAAUUAUGCAGAGCUUUUAAAGGCUGUAGAAUUGUGUAUUUAUAUUGGCAUUUUGAAGGACUUACACUGUCAGCACCCAGAUUCAGAGACUUAUCUCUGUCCUACAGAAAGUAACUGUCCUCCUUGUCGAUAAUGAGGACAGUUACUUUCUCCAAAAUGACAGGCCUUUUAUUCUUUGGCAUAAUAUUGGUAAUGGGUCUCAACCUUAUCACAGCCAGACACACAUCGACACCUAUCAUUCUCCUUCCUUCUGGUUGGAUAUGGUAGAAGAAUUUCUUAGGCCCGGAAACCCGUGGCAGUGAGCUGUCAUCAAAUCACCAAUGAUAGCGAACCAAUGAUUAUGAGGACCAGUGGUAAACAUUACCAUCAAUAUGUAUUUGUAGCAUAGUGUUCCUUUAGAUAGGAGGGAAAUAAUGUUCGAUUAAGUCUAAUCUUGGAAAUAAAAGGGCAGUUAUUAAUUACUAACCUGAAGGCUUAGGGUUCAAAAGCCACUGCACAUGCUACGCAGCCUCCAGUCAUGCUUGCAUUUUGAGUUUGUACUAUGAGUUAUAUAGAUUUACACAAGACACAUGGUCUUCACCUGGAGUAGUAUUGCAUUAUGCAGCAGCCAUAAAUCGAGCAAGAGAAUGAAAAAGCUCUCUAUACCUCAGUAAUACAGGCCCAAAAAAUUAUUUUGAUUUCAUCACUGGUCACCUAUUCUACUCUAAGUGUACCCAGGAUACCAUUGUCUACAUAUGCAGUACAUGGAAGUAAGAUUUGAAUCACUUUUGUAUCGUAGAGGUCUUUGCACUUUAUUAUUAUUUUGGGGGGAAUGUGACUGACGUCUACCACUCAUACUCUACUGGAAAAAUAACUUUUUACGUAUUUGCUGUCCCUGGAUUUGAAUGUGCUGACAAACUGGACAGGGAUUCGGUAGAGGGUUUAUGACACUGUGAACUAAAACUAUUGCUGGUACGAGUAUAUGACAUGUUAAUUUAAUCCCCAAUAAAAGGGGGCAAAUGUGGGAUGGGGGUAUUUAAUUUAAAGCGUCAGAUGAGCAUGUUAAUGGGAUGUUCGAUGAUUAUAUAGCUGAAUGUUGUGGGUGUAG